UGUUGCUAAAGCGAGCUUGGCUGCUGUGUCUUCCUACUCAGGACUCCGCUUUUGACAGGCACGAGGCAGGGCCUGGGGUACUGGAUUCAGGAGGGGGCACAAGCAUGGAGCAACUUUGGGGUCUACUGCAGAGAGCGCAACACUGGUCCCCAAGACCCUCUCAGACCAUCUAUAAACGUGUGGAAGGCCCUGAUCUGGGCCAUCUGGAGGAGGAAGAGGAAGACAGGGAGGAAGAGGUCGAGUUGCCUGCCCAGUUCUGCCCCAUGGAACUCAAGGGCCCUGAGUCCUUAGGCUCCAGUCCCGGGAGAUCAACUCCCAUCCCCUGGGCUGCAGUGGGUCGAAAGGCUGCCCCCUAUCUGAUCUUGACGGCCCUGCUGAUCUUCACUGGGGCCUUCCUCCUGGGCUAUGUGGCCUUUCGAGGGUCCUGCCAGGCAUGCGGGGACUCCGUGUUGGUGGUCAGCGAGGAUGUCAACUCUGAGUUUGGCCUCGACUCCGGCCUGGGCACGUUGUACUGGAGUGACCUCCGGACCAUGUUUCUUCGGUUCCUUGGAGAGGGGCACCUGGAGGACACCAUCAGGCUGACCAGCCUCCGGGAGCGCAUGGCCGGCUCAGCCAGGAUGGCCACUCUGGUGCAAGAUAUUCUCGACCAGUUCUCGAGCCACAAGCUGAACCACGUGUGGACUGACACGCACUACGUGGGGCUUCAGUUGCCGGACCCGGCUCACCCUAACACCUUGCACUGGGUGGAUGCAGCCGGGAGCGCCCAGGAGCAGCUACCGCUGGAGGAUCCGGAAGUCUACUGUCCCUACAGCGCCACCGGCAACGCCACGGGCAAGCUGGUGUACGCCCACUACGGGCGGCAGGAGGAUCUGCAGGACCUGAGAGCCAAGGGUGUGGAGCUGGCAGGCAGCCUCCUGCUAGUGCGCGUUGGGAUUACCAGCUUUGCCCAGAAGGUAGCCACUGCCCAGGACUUUGGGGCCCACGGAGUGCUGUUAUACCCGGACCCAGCAGAUUUCUCCCAGGACCCUCACAAGCCAGGCCUAUCCAGACACCAGGCUGUAUUUGGACAUGUGCACCUGGGAACCGGAGACCCUUAUACACCUGGCUUCCCUUCCUUCAAUCAAACCCAGUUCCCUCCCGUAGAAUCAUCAGGCCUUCCCAGUAUCCCUGCCCAACCCAUCAGUGCAGACGUUGCUGACCUCUUGCUCAAGAAACUCAAAGGCCCUGAUGCCCCCCAGGAAUGGAAAGGUCACCUUCCAGUCUCCCCUUAUCGGCUGGGACCCGGGCCACGCCUGCGUUUGGUGGUCAACAACCACAGGGCUUCGACUCCCAUCAGCAACAUCUUUGCCUGCAUCGAGGGCUUCGCAGAGCCAGAUCACUAUGUUGUUAUCGGGGCCCAGAGGGAUGCAUGGGGUCCAGGAGCAGCCAAGUCUGCAGUGGGAACUGCCAUCCUGCUGGAGCUGGUGCGGACCUUCUCCUCCAUGGUCAGCAACGGGUUCAAACCUCGAAGAAGCCUCUUGUUCAUCAGUUGGGAUGGAGGAGACUUUGGCAGCGUGGGAUCCAUGGAGUGGUUGGAGGGCUACCUCAGCGUGCUACACCUCAAAGCCGUAGUGUACGUGAGCCUGGACAACUCAGUGCUGGGAGAUGGCAAAUUUCACGCCAAGACCAGCCCCCUUCUGAUCAGCCUCAUUGAGAACAUCCUGAAGCAGGUGGAUUCCCCUAACCACAGCGGACAGACGCUCUUCGAGCAAGUGCAGCUCACCAAUCCCAACUGGGAUGCCGAAGUGAUUCGGCCCCUGCCCAUGGACAGCAGUGCUUAUUCCUUCACGGCUUUUGCGGGGGUCCCGGCUGUGGAGUUCUCCUUCAUGGAGGAUGAUCGGGAGUACCCGUUCCUGCACACGAAGGAGGACACCUAUGAGAAUCUGCACAAGAUGCUGCGAGGUCGCCUGCCCGCCGUGGCCCAGGCGGUGGCUCAGCUCGCGGGCCAGCUCCUUAUCCGACUGAGCCACGAUCACCUGCUGCCGCUCGACUUUGGCCGCUAUGGGGAUGUGGUCCUCAGGCACAUUGGCAACCUCAACGAGUUCUCUGGGGAUCUCAAGGCCCGCGGACUGACCCUGCAGUGGGUGUACUCCGCGAGGGGGGACUACAUCCGGGCGGCGGAGAAGCUGCGGAAGGAGAUUUACAGCUCGGAGCAGAGCGACGAGCGUCUGAUGCGCAUGUACAACGUGCGCAUCAUGAGGGUGGAGUUCUACUGCCUGUCCCAGUAUGUGUCGCCGGCUGACUCCCCAUUCCGCCACAUCUUCCUGGGCCAAGGCGACCACACUUUGGGUGCCCUGCUCGACCACCUGCGGAUGCUGCGCUCCGAUGGCUUCAAGGCCAACUCUUCCAGACUGGCACCAGGAGGUCUGGGGUUCCAAGAGAGCCGUUUCCGGCGCCAGCUGGCGCUGCUCACGUGGACACUGCAGGGGGCAGCCAACGCGCUCAGUGGCGAUGUCUGGAACAUAGACAAUAACUUUUGAGGCGCGAAGCCCUACCUGGGUCCGACAUGAUUCUCCUGUCUCCCUAUUUGAGUGGUGCAGGCGAAAGGAGGUGCCCCAUGCAUCUCUUCUGGCUGCCUAUUCUCAUUAACACCGUUGGCUCUGCAAUGUAGGAGAGCCUUGUUUUCUCAGUGCGACCGUCAUACUGUCUCUUAUCCAGAAAGUGGCUUUCUUCCCAUUACUGGUCCUUCUGCCUCAGUAGCAAAGUCCUCCAUAUCUAAAGACUACCUAGGCUGGGAUCUGUCUGGAUCUCUUAGUGGGUGGUCUCUGGUGGGAGGCCCGAGGGAAUUAGAUGUCAACAAACAAAUCUGUAA